CUUAGCCUCAGGUUUUGAGCCUCUCUGUGUAUGUGUGUGUAUAUUUUAAAGCAUCUGGGAAACUUUAGCAUCCAGCGUGUAGACUGCUGCAUCCACCUCUCUCCCAUCCAUCAUGCUGCAAAGCCUGCUGCUCUUGAUGCUUGCCCUCCUGUGCCUUGGGAAUCUGCUCCGACCAAGCAUGGGCUGUCAGCUGCCCUCAGACUGGAGACCUCUGAGUGAAAGCUGUCGGGCUGAGCUGGCAGAAAUCAUUGUCUAUGCCAAAGUCUUGGCCCUGCACCAGGACAUGUACAGCAUGUACAACUAUUUGCCCUGGCAGUACGAAGCCACUGAUGGAGGGCUCUUCUACUCUGCUGAGAUUGAGAUGCUGUGCGAUCAGGCCUGGGGGAGCAUGCUGGAAGUCCCUGCAGGGUCCAGGAUGAAUUUGACAGGGCUGGGGUAUUUCUCCUGCCACUCUCACACUGUCAUGCAAGAUUACUCCUACUUCUUCUUCCUCAGAAUGGAUGAGAAUUACAACCUCCUUCCACAUGGAGUAAAUUUCCAGGAUGCCAUCUUUCCAGAUACCCAGGAAAACAGACGGAUGUUUUCCAGUCUUUUCCAGUUUUCCAACUGCACUCAAGGGCAACAUGCCAUAAGCUUCUCCAGUGACUGGGAGAUUCAAGAGGAUAACAGACUCAUGUGCUCUUCAGUCCAGAAGGCCUUGUUUGAUGAGGAAGACCAUGUGAAGAAGCUUCAGCAAAAGGUUGCAACCCUGGAAAAGCGCAACAAGCAGCUGCGAGACCGAGUAAAGAAAGUCAAGAGGUCACUAAGGCAAGCCAGGAAGAAUACCCGGCACAUAGAGCUGAUCAACCGAAAGCUUAGUGAGAAGCUGUCCUCCGUCGGAAGCCAGGGGCCACACAUCAACUCCUUCAAGCAAGCCAACUCUCAUGCCAUGUAUCUUAAAGUAUAAUGCCAAGUUGGAAUUUGGCAGACAAAGUUAUGCUGGUGACUUUGUGGUCUACGCUUUUCCUCCUUAUUUCAUUUUGCAGAAAGAGGCAUGAUAAGUUCAAGUCCCUUUUGACUGUUUGGAUAUAAAUUGGAUAUAUAGACUGCAUUUAAGUUCAGCAUAAACACGUAUGGGGAAGGCCCAAAUUUGUGUCCUGGUGACAAUGUUGACAAGGAUAAACUACCUUCACAUAGCCACCUCUCUCUUUUUUAAAAUGUCAGUUUGAGACAAAUUUGGAUUGGGUUUUGGGAGCAGAUAUGAAGGCUGUUUUAAUCUGAGUCCUGAGAUUGAUAUCAAAGGGCCCAAAAGUACAGCAUAGUUCUCAGCAAGUAUCUGAUACUGAGCAUGUUUGUUCCUGAUUAGUGCCUGAAUGGAAGACCACCAAAGAGUAAGCCAGUCUGAACUUCUCAAGGCAGGGAUGGGUUUGACAGUGUAAAGAAGAUUGUAUUCUGACCAUACUGACAGCUGUCUCAGUGUAAAUACAGCGAUUUCAAAAAGACAUGGAACUGGGCCAUGUUCAAAUCUGUUUUCCAACCAAAGAUGCCAAGGCUCCAAAAUGUUUUGCUUUGCUUCCCCAUCCCCCAGGGAUUCCAAUGCAGAAUUAAAAUGCAAACUCUCAAAGUUACUUCAAUAUUUCCAAAAUGCAAUCCACCUAUAUUUAAAUAUGCAUUUACUUAGGUGGACAAUCGGAGUCUCCUAAACAGAUCACCCACCCUUCUGUCUUAGCUCUGUAUCAUUACCCUUCAGUCUAAAAUUUCAAACUGAUUAUGAUGCUGGUAGCAGUUGCAAUUGUAAAAGCUACCCAUGUCUUCCAGCCACUUCAGCAGUCAGCCAUUUUCAUUUUCAUUAAAAAGUGUAUGCACCAUAAGUAGGUAAAGACCUCUCUUUUGAGAGCUUGGAAACAUUACCAUUUGGGUUACCAAUUCAUACAAUC